UCUUCUGCAGUGGGCUGGCGACCUAGAAAGCAGCCGUCAUUCAUUACUGCUGGUAUGUCGACCCACCGGGGGCCGGCCGGCUCAAGCCCCCUCGGUCACCGGAUCGGCGGCACCUGCUCGGCCCCGGGUGCUAUUUUCACCCUCAGGAUAAAGUGAUGUGCAGCCGCCGCCCGCCCGCACGAGCCCAGCAGCUCCAGUCCGACCAGAGCAGCGCCAGGAUGAAGUCCACCGGCAGCGAGCCCAGCGCGCAGCCCGACGGCUUCACCUCCGACCUGGACGACCUGGACAGCAGCAGCGACAGCUCCGACGGGAAGUCCACCGGCGGCUGCAGCCCGCGCAGGGAGCCGGGGGAGGCUGAGGGGAACGCGGGAGCGGCCGGUGGAGGUUCACCGAGGUGGAGGAGGAGGCGGAGGCGCAGCAGCAGUGGAGGUGGAAGAGACGGCGGGGAAACGAGUCUGCCCGGAGGGAGCAAGCAAAGGCAGGCGGCCAACGCGCGGGAGCGGGACAGGACGCACAGCGUGAACACGGCCUUCUCCGCGCUGCGGACGCUCAUUCCCACCGAGCCCGCCGACAGGAAGCUCUCCAAGAUCGAGACGCUGCGUCUGGCCUCCAGCUACAUCUCCCACCUGGCUAACGUGCUGCUGCUGGGGGAGGACUGUUUGGACGGACAGCCCUGCCUCCGCUACCAGAGCAUCCUGCACGGCACCGCCGCGCUCAGUGCGUCCUCCCUGCGCCCUAUCUGCACUUUCUGCCUCAGCAACCAGAGGAAACUGCUCAGAGAUGGAGGGAAGCACUCAGCAGCUGUGUGAAGCCAAGCGGCUGCGGACAGACGAGGAGCAGCUCAUCGUGAUGUUUGUUUACAUGUAGACACGUGGCGUAGAAACGCACCUGUAGGACUCUGUACAUAUAUAAAUAAUAUGUUUAUUUUUGGAUUAGACUAGAAAACCACAGACACGACUAACACUGAAAAAGCACUUUCUGUUCACGUUGGUGUGCUUCUGGAACCUUUAUGUUUUGGUUGAGCUGUAACUUGAGCCAGUGUGUAAAGCUGCACCUGAUGGGGAGAGGGGUUAUUUUGGUCCCAAAAUGGUACUAACCCCCUCCAUGUCCGACUCCUAAAAAAAACUACCUUGUCGCCUACAGUCACAUGAAGGACAGUAAAAAGCUGCUACUGACAGCGGUUGCUGUCAGUUGAGUUGACGCUGCCUUCAAGUGCUGUCUGAAAUAUCGCAAUUUACGCAGGGGGCCCUCUUAAAGAAGCACUAACUCAUCUAUCGCCACUAGUGGUGAAGAGUUGGAACUUCAGGCCAUCUCUGCAUAAUAACAUGCAACAUAUGAACCUCUCAGGAAUCAGAAAAGUGCUACCUCUGCAGAUGUGUUUACUGCCCGGUCAGGCCGCAACUACGACGCAGAGAUUCUUACAACACACCAUGAAACAAGUUAAUUUUUAAUUCAUCUAAAAUAACUGGGAUAAAUUUAGUUUAUUCGUCUUUUAUCAGGGGUAUUUGACAUAUUCAAAAUAGAUAUUUUAGGUAAACUGUUUCACAAAAAAAAAGGUGCCCUUAUAGAUUCCACUAUUAUUUCUUGUCCGAUCAGUCUUGUCUGAUGGGACCUUAAUUCUCUUUUCAGUCACUUUAUAAAUAAAAUAAUCACAUCCUGAAAAUGACAAUAAAAGAGGAAUAAGGUGUCUCCAUCAGGAGGUUGUUUUCAUGUGUAGGCAUGAGACAGAUCAGUUUUCCUUUUUACCUGCAGAGGGCAAACUUGCUAUGGUGGCAAAAACUGAAAUAAGACUGAAGAAAAAUCUUCAAUUUAAAAAUGAUGUGCUAAAAAUAUAAUUUUUCGAGGAAAAGUUGAACCUCAGAAUCUGUAUAAAGUAUCAAUAGAACUUUAACUCGAUCUAAAAUUUUGUUUUGGCCUGAAUUCAAGAUGAAAUAUUGAGCUCAAUAUAUUUGCAGUGUGGUAAAAUGUUUACUUUUGCAUUGUUGCACAAUUUCUGUAUCACUUUGACUGGAUGUUUUUGUGCGCACAUGAACAUGUGGGAUGUCCUGGCAUGCAAAGUACAUUUGGGUGCCUUUUGCACUUUUUGGGGAAAAUAUAUCAACAUAAUCCUUUUUACAAUUAUACAGCAAAUGUGGAUGAAAACUAUCCCAGGGAAAUGUUGCACGCUACCUCAGACCGGUUUUUGAAUAUGAAGGCCUACCUCUAAAUCUAAUGUGUAACACGACUGUAUAAAAAUGUACUUGAAUACCUGACGAUUGUGUCCUUUGCACAUCACAAAUACUGAUAAGCUGCUUGAAGAGAAAUGUAUUUUUGUACAAUAAACGUGAAAAUAAUU